CACGAACGCUCAACUAUGACGAACGUCAUCAGUCAACAACAACAUCCGCAUCCGGCCAAAUGUCAGAAAGUCAUCCACCUAAGAAUUCUCACGGAACUUUUUAUUGCGGUAAUAAAGAUAGAAAACUGUCACCCCAAAAUGGUUUUGCUGACGAUGAUUGCCAGAAUAGCGGACGGACUGCCGCUUGCAGCCUCAAUGCAAGAAGAUGAACAGUCAGGGAGAGACCUUCAGCAGUACCAGAGUCAAGCAAAGCAGCUGUUCCGUAAACUCAAUGAGCAGAGCCCCAACCGCUGCACACUGGAGGCUGGAUCCAUGGCCUUUCACUAUGCGUUAGAGUACGGUGUUUGCUACCUGGUGCUGUGUGAGAUUGGGUUCCCAAAGAAGCUGGCCUUCGCCUACCUGGAGGACCUGCAGGCCGAGUUCCACGAACAGUACGGGAAGAAGGUUCCUUCAGUGUCCCGGCCGUACUCCUUCAUUGAGUUCGACACCUACAUGCAGAAGACAAAGAAGUCGUACAUCGACAGCAGGGCACGGAGGAACCUGGGCAGCAUCAACACAGAACUGCAGGAUGUGCAGAGGAUCAUGGUGGCCAAUAUUGAGGAAGUGCUCCAGCGAGGCGAAGCCUUGUCUGCUCUGGACUCCAAGGCCAGCAACCUGUCCAGCAUCUCCAAGAAAUACCGCAGUGACGCCAAGUACCUCAACACUCGCUCCGCCUACGCCAAAGUGGCUGCGGGGGCCGUGUUCUUCCUCACGCUCAUCGUCUACGUGCGCUUCUGGUGGCUUUGAGAGGGACGGAGGGAUGACUGAAGGACAAACUGAUGAAAGUGAACGCAGGGAGGGAGGAAGAGUGCAAACAUAUGCAAAUGACAGCCAGAGGUUUCCUGUUGUUCAGAUAUAGUCACUGUUACUUUUAUUAACAGUUACACGGAAGGUCUUAGCAGCGAGUUGAAUAAACAUGGGUGUCGUUUAAUGGCCAUACAGGCAUAAACCAUUGCGUUCUCUGAUGGUUUUCCAAAGCAGUGUAGUAGGUUUAAAGGUACUGCAUUUAUCCGCAGGGCUGGGCAAACCCACACCCACAUUGUAUAAUGGCAUCAUCCAUAUAGGCACCUUUAACCUAGCCCUGCUGGAAUGCUUAAUGGACUAUUCCAGUUCCCAAUUAAUAUGGGUGAAUGGGUUAAACAUUUUGGCUUGACAAUUCACCCUUUGUGACAGUCCAACAGCGGAGUUCUUUGCAGUCAUCUUCUGUCUAUGGAUAUACUGGACCCUGUAUACAGGAUUAUUAAUGUACAUGACACUGGGAAAUAAUUAUGUGGACUUUAAUAAGAAAUCGCAUAAAAACUCCCAUAUACAAACAACUGAACACUUAAUUCCUGCCUAAUAAAGUGAACUUUUUUUCA